GUCGUUUUUUCUCCCUCCAAAAUUUCCGAAAGUUCUCCACUAGGGUUAGGGUUUCGCUCGCUCUGAUAGGAUUUAAAAGUUCCAUUGCUUUCCCUCGUUCCCUGUCCAGUGCUCCUGUUCCCGUGCCAGUGGCUUCGAAUUGCAAGUGAAUCAGAGAUUUGCGGCAAAUCAAAUGGCGAGGUACAGAAGCAGGAGUCGGAGCAAGAGCUACAGCCCCCGUCGCCGUAGCAGGACUCCACCUCGUGGCCGCAAGCGGUACGAUGAUGACCCUCGUGAUCGCUACCACGACGAGCGGUCCCGCAGGGACCGCCGCUCUCCUGCCCCGUCUGGCCUGCUCAUUCGCAAUCUUCCUCUUGAUGCCAGGCCAGAGGAUCUCAGGAUUCCGUUUGAGCGUUUUGGUCAAGUGAAGGAUGUAUAUCUGCCAAAAAAUUACUAUACUGGGGAGCCACGAGGCUUUGGUUUUGUGAAGUUUCGUUAUGCUGAAGAUGCAGCUGAAGCAAAACAAAAAAUGAACCAUCAAGUUAUUGGUGGACGUGAGAUAAGAAUUGUUUUUGCUGAGGAGAAUAGGAAAACUCCUCAUGAAAUGCGUUCGAGUUCCCGCGUGAGUGGUCGAUAUGGAGGAAGCUACAGAAGAACUCCACCGAGGUCUCCAAGACGCCGAUAUCGCUCUUACUCGCGCUCACCAUCGCCAACUAAGCAUGAUUCAAGAAUGCUAUUUCUUCCAGUGGAGUAAGAAGUAUGUACUGGUGACCUUGUUUAUGCAGAUAGUAAAGUGAAAGGGGAGACUUUAAAGACUUCUUGGUUAAUAAGGCUUAAAGAGAAAAGUGAUUAUAAAGUGAUGGGCAUGAUUAUCUUUCUAUCAAAGCUCCUCCGUUAGUGUUGUCAAUAAUCCCACCUUCACCAGCUAUUGUCCACAAAUUGCAAGGAGUCCUAAUCUUUUACUCUUGGUUUGUGAGGCAUGCUGCUUGAAAGAACUGGCAGGCUAAACUUCUUGUGGGAUGAAAAGAGUCAGGGGGGUGGUACCUUUUGUUAUUCAUUUUAUAUCUGAACUCUUAAGAAAUCAGUUGAUAAGAAAAUUUUAAGUUUAAUAUCUCUUUUUUUGCAUAUACCAUCCAGUUAAGAAAGAACAUAGAGCUUAUAUUUGGUCAAAGAAAGAAUCAUCUUCAAACAAUGGAAGCCUGUCAAAGUUUUUACUGGUAGAGGUUUGUUUUGCAUUGCCAAGAAAAAGAUAAUAUGACAUAGAAAGUUGGGGCAAAGAGAGCCAUGAAGUCAGAUGCUGAUCAACCAGUACAACUUUAGAGAGCCUAACUCUCACAGUAGUUGGAUCCAACUCUUAUAAUUUUGUUCAGAAACCUGAAAGUUGCAGGUAAAGGUUG